AUGUCUGCCACCAUCACACUGCAUGCUGAUCUGUUUUAUGCAGACUCGGAGUGGCCGUCAAUUUGCCCGUCUCGAGCGUCUCGUACAUACCUCGGUCACGUUGCCCCCCUCCUCUUGAACUCCAUCACGGAGGCCGAUGAUCGUGUCAGGCGAAGUGAGGCGAUACACAACGCGCUGUCCUCGUGCACUGGCCCCUUUGAGCCCUGUGACUCGCCAGAAUACGGUCCAGGCGAUUCGCAGUUCGCCACACCGUCAUCUACUCCGAACCCAGAACUCGACGAUAUCUCCAUGGCUCCUCCUCCGACUACCAACCCUGCCUUCAACUCCACCACGGUCCUUCUCUCUCAGGCCACCGCCAAUCUUGUCAGUCACGAAGCCAAGAGCCGUAGAGAGAAACGCAAAGCUCACUCCCGAGGCCACCGCAAGGAGGUACAUGAUUUGAAGAUCACAGCAAAAGGGCCCGUCAACCGCAAAACACGGUCGAACACGUCGAAGAAGCAUGCUGGCUUCGGCAAAGUUGUCAAAGUCGCCAACUUUCGUGUCGCCAAUUUGUCCAUUGCUCCUGGGGGCGACAUAGGGCGUCAUAGGCCAGCGGAGAAAACCCUCCCUUCUCUCGCCUCACUCAUGGCUCGACCUGGCUUCCAGUACAUCCCAAACGAUGGCUUGUCAUCCCUCGGUGUUGUCGACCCUGAUGGCACCCUUGUUGCGGGUAUUUUUCCGGGGCCUACUUCUCGCGACCCGAACACUCCCUUGUGGGGUAGUGUCAUAGACGAGAUGUCAGGUCUGAUGGAGCGAUUGCGGAGUGAGGAGGACAUCUCGUUCUUGAAGGGGGAGACACAUCAUCGUCGAGGCGAUUACACCGUCGUUUCGUCUGGCAUAACCCAUGGUAAUGGGCGUAAGGCUCCGGGAAACCUUCGAGAGCGUCACCCGACAAUUGUGCAGGAAUUGAAGGACAAUGGGGCCGUGCGUCGUAUCAUAGGACAUCAGGAUGGUGUGUCUAUUUGA